UAAAUCUGCAAUUUACUGUCACAUACAUAAGCACAUGAAAACAUCAAACUCAUUUACGUUCAAGAACAUCAUUCUUCGGCAUUUAUGAAUUUUAUAAAUGAAAAAUUGAAGUUCCAACAUUAAACAUGGAUUGGAAACACGAGUUUAGACGCAAUAAACUUUACCUUAAUAAUAAAUAAAAAAGGUCCUUACCAGAUGACAUGGACACGAGGACCCCACGACUUUUGCCUACCUUAUUGCCAGCCUGUUAUUUUCACACUCCUACUUUAUUCUAAAAAUAUUUUCUUUAAAAAAAUAUGUCACUGUAUCUACACGUGUAACUUUAUAUGUCGUCUAAUGUAAUUUACGUGCCAUUUUUCCAAAUCUGUCAGAAAAAAAAAGAGAAGAACCGUACGAUCAAGUAAAAAAUCUAGAGAACCGUCAGAUCUAAAACAAAACUCCCCGGUUUCCACUCACUUUAUUUCUCUGUAACGGGUGACACGUCACUAGCUUCUUUAACUCCUUACCGGUUUCUCCGGUAUUCCUCUAUUGACUAUUCCACGUAAACUCUUUUUCACAUGCGAGAUUUUUUUUUUUUCCCAGUCUUUGAUUAAUCUUCUCUUUGCGCUUAUAUAAAAAGACCAGCUUCCUUCUAAAGUGAAGCGUCUGUCUCCUCGUGUUCCACUUCAGAAUCAUCCCGAGAAAAGUUUUUUAUUUUCUUCUUCUUUCAUUUCUAGAGAAAGCGUGAGAAAGACGAAACUAGCCUCCUCUGUUUCUUUUAUUUUCUUGCUAAAACAAUAAUGGGCGUGAAAGUAGCAACAACCUCAACCUUCCAUCACUUUGUAGCUGUUCAUCAUUCUCAAACCCUAGUUUCCUCCGCCGUUUCUUCUCCUUCAAGACGACGUAGCUUCGGACACUCAUGUCGCUCCCUCAUGCAUAGCCCUCCUCCUUCUUCACCUCUCUUCGGCUCUUCCAAUCUCCGCCACUCCAAAUCUUCCUCUGAGAUUCUGAAAACAUCAAAACCAACAAAAACUCAGCUCAUCCGCAGAGCUUUCACCGGAAACAUCGACCCUUUCUCAGAAGAAGAGUUCUCCAAAAAGAUGGAAGAACUCUCUCUCAAGUUCCAAGAAGACAACGAAACAGAGACGACAAACAGUUUCGGCCUCGACAGAACCAGUUCGGUCCAACCACCAUGGCCCGAGAUGAUCCAAAUGUCAAGCAGCAUCGAGAGGAAAGCAAACAGCGUCGAUCUUCCUAUCUCCCUCCGCAUCAUCAAAAGAAAGCUACAGAUGGAGGAAGGACUAAUCAACCAAGUAAGCGAAUCAGCUUGCUGUUCUGUUAAAAGAGCUUUCUCUUCUAUGGUGUUUAUGAUCCGUGAGCUACAAAGCUUCACGCUACACAUGAGAGAGCUUCUCCUCUUCGAAGAUCUUCAAGGGAUUCUCCUCCGCGUUAGAAAAGAGAUGCAUGCGUCGUUCGUGUGGCUUUUCCAACAAGUUUUCUCCGCUACUCCUACGUUGAUGGUCUCUGUUAUGAUCCUCUUAGCUAACUUCACUGUUUACUCUAUCGGUAACAACUCUGCUCUAGCCGCAGCCGCAACUCCUCCUCCGACGAUGGAUACAGUCUUGUUUAGUUACGACAGGACGGAGAUAAGUGAGACACAUGAGAAGUUCGAGGACUCUAUGAUUAAGACGUUCUCUGUUUCUUCUAAGACAUCUUUUGUCGGUGGAGGAGGAGGAAACGGUGGGAACAACGGUCCCCCCGUGCAGAGUGGAACAGAUGGAGAUGGUUCUGAUCAGUUCAGAACACCGUCUCAGUUCUCUUCAUCGUCUCUCGGCGCAACGGAUUCAGAUGUGUCCGUGUCGGGGCAAGAAGAGAGUAGGCUCUGGAGGUCGAUCUUGGAGGAGUCUGAGAAGAUGGAGAAGAUGGAUCACGAGACGAUGAAGCAGAUGGUAGCUCCCGUGGAGGCAAGACUAGAAGCAGAAGAGUCUAUGGAUUACUUUAAGACAGAGCUUCUUUACCAAACGGGUCUGUCUCAGCAGCCUGAUAAUGUUCUCCUUCUUGCUAAUUACGCUCAGUUUCUAUACCUAAUCAUACAUGAUUACGACAGAGCUGAGAAGUAUUUCAAGAGAGCGGCAAAAGCAGAGCCAGCGGACGCGGAGGCGCUGAGUAAAUACGCGACGUUCUUGUGGAAGGCAAGGAACGAUAUCUGGAGAGCAGAGGAGACGUUCUUGGAAGCAAUCUCUGCUGAUCCAACAAACUCAUUUUACUCUGCAAACUACGCACAUUUUCUUUGGAACACUGGUGGUGAUGAGACGUGUUUCCCUCUCGACGCUCCACCGCAACAGAACACAACCUAAAAGAAAGAGAGAGACACAAACAAUUGUCUAAGUGUACAGUGUUUUUUUUUUUCAUACAACUCAUGUCAUGUGGCAACUUUUUGUUCUGUAAAACAAAAAAGACUUUUGUUUAUAUAUUCGUUACAUAUUUCUAAAGUUUUACUUUUUAUUUUAUUUUAAUGUACUUGGACUAUUCCAUGGUGUCACGGACUUGUUCUUUUACGUGAACAAACCAUGCGUCUGUCAGUUUUUCAUCUACUUUACACAGAGUCCAGAGAGACGAUUAUUUCCUCGUU